CGAGUGGGCAGUCGCUGUCGCAUUUUCCCGACCCGAGUUAGCUGCAGCUAGGGAAGGAGAGAGUGAGUGAGAGCGCAGCCGCGGGAGCCAGUGGGCUCCCUCCGUUCCCGAAGGCCCGCCCCUGCUGGGGGCGCUCUUUGGCGGCGCUUAAAAGGCGAGGGCUCGCUGUCCGCAAGAUUUUUCCUCAACAGAUCCUGCCGCAGUCCGUUCCCUCCCGCUCUGCCUACUUCAGACCGCACCACCGCUGCCAGCGUCUCACUCGUGCCCUGCGCCUGCUGCCUCCAGGACCCGCGCUGCCGCCCGCCUUCUCCGACCCCUGCAGCAAGACCCUGUAACUCCCUGCCCCCAACUGCGGGACACUCAAAGCCCCAAGAACUAGUGACGAUGUCAGAGGCGGCGGGAAAUCUCAAUAGCCUCCGCUUGGCGAAUGUGGCCCUGCAAGAGGAGUUAAAUGCCCUUCGAGGAGAGAAUGCCCAUCUGGGCCUGCAGCUCGGGAGAGCCUUGGCCGAGGUUAAUUCCUUGAGGGGCAGUGUCUCGAGCCACAUCCACCGGCCGGUGCCCAUAGUGCCCGUCCUUGCCGAGGAGAACUUUGAGUACCCGCCCAGUGAGAACGAGCCCGCUCCCGAGGAGGAGGAGGAGGAGGAGGAGGAGGAGGUGCCUUUCCUGUGUUGGCCUCCUCCGCGCACAGAUCCCGAGGAUGUCUCAGAUGAUCUUUUGAUUAACGUGGUCCAGGACUAUUCCAACCCCGAGGAGUCCACUGACCCCCCUCUGUCACCCAGCUUGUCCCAGUCGGAGCUGCACUCCCCCGCGCCAAAAGAGCUGUCCCUACAGGUCUUUCUGCCACCGCUUGAGCGGCCAGACAUAGAACCAUUUGCAGGCGACCCGGUCUACCUGGCUGAAUUUCUGAUGCAGCUAGAGACUUUCAUAGCAGAUCAUGAAGAUUACUUCCCUGGGGGCGAGGAACGGGUGGCCUUUCUGGUUUCUUUUUUCAUAGGGGAAGCGAGAGACUGGGCUAUCUCAGUCACUCAGGAAGGAAGCUCCUUGAAUUCCAACUUCCCGCUCUUCCUGGAUGAAAUGCGUAAGGUAUUCUGUGGCCCCAUCCCCUCGCGCGUGGCUAAAAAGGCCAUUCGUAAGCUCAAGCAGGGAGAUUGUACCCUAAGCAGCUAUGCAGAUGCUUUUCAAUUCUUGGCCCAGUUCUUGUCUUGGGAUGACAAUCGCCUCCAAAAGCAGUUCCUUAAAGGCUUGUCAGAAUGUGUCCGAAGGGAGCUCUUUUGGUCAACUGAAAUUGCAGAUCUGGAUGAGCUGAUUCUCGAGUGUGCGGAGAUAGAAAGGAAAGUGCGGGUCCCCAAGCCAACCCCACUCCCUGAAGUUCAAAGCAGCUUCUACCCUUUGGCUCCGGUUCUCAAUGAGAAUGGAAAUGAAGGUGUGGUGGCGUGCCACAUUGAGAAUGAGGUUGAGGGUGAAGAGGCAGGCGGGCACAGGCUUUAUCUGGUGGACCAGGGGAGGCACGUGAAGGCCUUCUCACAGGAGCUGAGGGAGGAGGAGGAGGAGAUGAGGAAAGAGGAAGAAGAGAUGGAGGAUGAGGAAGAUGAGGAUGAGGAGGAAGAUGAGGAUGAUGAGGAAGAGGAGGAUGAUGAGGAAGAGGAGGAGGAUGAGGAAGAAGACAAGGAGGAGGAGAUGAAGAAGAAUGAGGACGGCAGUGAAGAUAAAUACGAGGAGGAAGCUGAAGUUGAGGUUAGGGUCCUGCUUCCAGAACAGGAGCAAGUGAUAGAGGAGGUCCAGCAUGAGCACGAUCAUGUGUAUGUGCACGACUGCAUUCACUUACACAUGCAUGCGCUUGCUGCCCAUCAUUAUGGCCUACAUGGAGAGGUGUUGGAGAUAGAAGAACCUGUCCUUGUGGACACGUCAACCCAGACCGUGAGCUCUGCGACAGGCUACCAUGCCGAGAAUUACCUGAGCGUGGCACCUUCCAUAAUGCAACCGAGCAGACAGGGGAGCCAAAAUCGCGUCCCACUUCUGGAGGGCCUUCCAGAUACCAAUUCUCCCUUCUACAGCUCACCACCACUGAUUCACCAUGCAGGUCACUUGGAGCAAGACCAAGUGCGAAGACAUCCCUCAGUGCUGUUCUGCCUCACUCCUAGACAGGGCGGGCACCGAGCUCAAGGCCGAAUUCGCGUGUGAAUCCUUUGGUGAGUUGGCCACAGGGAACACACCCUUCUACCGCAUUCCUUGCUCUUGCUAUUGCUGCUGUACCUGCCACAUCUACUGACCAGUCCUUAAGAAAGCUCCAGACCUGAAGAACUCAAGGGAGACCUGUAGAAUUCCAGACUGUUUUGCAACCACAACCAGCGAGUGAAAUGUGCCCAACCAAGGCCAUCUAAGAAGGGAGAGGUCAGUCGUCGCUGUCCUCUUGCCAUGUACUGUGCUCAGUCCUUGCACAAGUUGGAGACCAAGUUUCUGGGCCUGUUCUUGUAAAUGCACUGGUCACCUUUGUCCUCUCCUCUAGUUGUCCCCAGCCUUCGCCUCUCUGUGUGUUCUUUGUCCUGUGUUCUUACGGUUUUACUCUGACUAGACAGGACUUCACCCAAUGCCUCACUGAUCUGCCCCAAUGACUUAAAGGACAGGCUACAUUAACCUCCUAAUGCUACUGAGGCCACUUCCUGGACAAUGAGCAGGAUGGCACCAAGAAGUAUAUACUUGUUAUGUUUGCAGCAGAAGAGCCUGAAAGGGAAACUGACUUACACCCAGUGCAGCGAGAACACGAAGUCACACGUGCAGUGGACAGUGACUGAGACUUGCUCUCUUGGCCUGAUGGUGGCAACCUGACUCCACUUUGAGUGCUGGAGUCAUCUUCCCUCAGACUCCUGCACCACGACCCUUGAACAGACUUUGGCCACUUUUUUUUCCCUUAAAGGUUUGGUGUUAGGGAUGCGAGGGGUGGGGUGGCCGAGGUGGCAGCAGCGUCACAACUCAGUUUGACAUCCUAAGGAGUGACUCUUGCUUUAGGUACAUGGCCUUUUUCACCCAGCUAAGCUCUGGUCUGCAGACUGUGUCGGAGGUGGCCUUGCUGCCCUGUUCUUCAAGCCCCUCUGACUCUAAGGAGUCUUUGGUUCUGAGAGAAGAGACCAGGACUAGCUCACUAGAGACUGCACCCAUGCAGUGCAGCUGCCCAACACCCCCACGGCUCUCUCAGGAGGGGCAAUCUCUCUCAGGCCUGUUGCCGAACUUCAGUUAGCCAGCUUCAGGGGUGACUGCCUCCUUCACACUCCAGGGGCUUCUGGAGCACAAAUUCAGGUGCCCUUAGAAAGACAUCUGCUGUUCAGUUGGGUCCAGAAAAUACUGCUUUUGCGGUGAAAGCCACACAUGUGUUAUUAUCAGUUCUGGCCACAAAAAUGGCAGCCCGAUUCACUGCUGGCCACACUUGUCCCCUGGACACUGAACUUGCUGCACAGCGCCUAGCAGUUGGGUAAGUGCAGCCCAAGUGUCUGUGGCCAGCAGGAGGGAAAUUACAUGAGAGCUCAGCCCUAGAAUUUGAACCUAAGACCAGAGGAAGGAACCUGAGGAAGACGAAUCGGAAACAGACCCAGUCCUCAGACUGGUUUAGGGUGAGAUCUCUGUUCAUCUGCAAGAGCUUAUUUCCUCAGGCGAGACUUCCAAACGGGAAAACACCGUUCUUCGAAGCUCUGGACCCUGUCUGCUGAUGUCAGCAUGCUGGUCAUGCUGACCCUGUGCUUGUGGAGAAGUGCAAAGGGCAGGCAUCCUGUACCUCAAAUUUCGGAGCCCUCCUUGGUACAGGCCUUGUCGGACCGCAUUGGCUCUUCUUACUCUGAACAGCCUCAGCCAGGGAGAGUGCGCACAAGCAGUAAACUGGUUUGUAGGCCUCUGGGGGCAGAGGGGGCUUGGACUUCCUUUGACCUUUCCCCUUCUUUCCCAGAUCUUCAAUAUAUUUUGUGUGUGAUGUGACAGCUACGGGAGCUGUCUGAAGCUUUGAGUGCCUC